CGUUAGGGUACAACCAGACAGGACGCACUUUCUCCGAGCUGCCGCGAUUCGCCUGCCUUGGCGUGUGUGUACCGUUAGCUGUUCAGCUGUUUGUGCAGAGAGGAGGCGACCAGCGGGUAACCCCCUGAAUCAACUCACCAAGCAGCCAACUAAAUCUAAAAAAAAUCGACAAAAAAAAUAAACCGAAAAACUCCAAUUCGAAAAUAAACAAAUAGGGGGGCGGCGAGUGCCAGUUAACUGAACUCCCCUUAACAGAAUACUCUGAUUGUGGCAGCUCCCGCGCGUACAAGUGUGUAUAAAAAAUCCAAUUUAAAUAAACGUUUUUUUUCGUUAUACUCACCACAUAAAGGCAACAUGUAAAUAUUAAAUAAAAAAAACACCAAAUGCAAAUAUUAAACAAAAAUCAAUAAAAAUACAAUUAAAAAAAAAAGUUAAAAACGAAAGAAAACCCAAAACAAAUAAUAACAGAAACCACAAGAAUAAUGUGUUCGUUGAAUUAAAAUAAAGAAAAAAUAAAUAUAAAAGAAAAUGAUGUUAAAGAAAAGCCUAAAGUAAUGAAUUUUGCUAAAUCUAAAUAGAAAUCAAGCUCAUUCGUAUCUCUACUAUCGCAUCCAUGUCUCUGCAUCUGCACACGUAUCUGCAUCUGUAUCUAUAUCUUUGCAUCUGCUGAACGAAUGAGAAUAAGCAACAACAUGCCAGCUAAAUUCAAACUCAAUACCCAGUAUCAAUUCAUCAAUCAGUCCAGUAAGCAACCAAUCAAGCAAUUCCAUCAUCAAUUUGCAACUGCCAUCAGCUCAUCAUCAACUGCAAGAGCAGCUACCACCACAACCAAUACCAAUACCACUGCAACAACAAUCCUGACUAACUAAAUGCCCGAAAUUAAAUGCACUCGCCUAAAGAAUCCAAAAUAAAAUAGCUCUUAACCAGAGGCAGCACACCAGUAUAUCAAUAACUAUACUAAAAAUUGCUUAAUAAUAAGAGGGGAAGGCAACAAACAGAGAGCUAACAAUAUUAAAUCUUCCUGUUAAUUAUGGAACAUUCAUCAACAUUUUUGUUGAGUUUGUUCCAUUUGUUCCAAAACGAAAAGGUUGCCGACUGUUUGCAGCUUCAGUUACCACUACAACAACAACAACAACGACCAUUAGACAACUCAACAACAACAACAAUAGGCAAAACAACAACUAAAUCAACCGAAAGACCAACAACAACAUCAACAGCAGCAUCAGCAGGAGGAGCAGUAGCAGGAGCAACAUCAACUUCUACUACAACUUUCAGCUUCAACUCUACAACAUUGCUGGCAAAGAACUUACAACUGAAGAAUACAACGAUUCCAAGCAGUAGCAAAAUAAUGAUCACUAUCAUCUAAAAAUCAGAAACAACAACUGAUACCUAAGGUUUCUCAAGCUUUGAAAAUAAAUAAUUCAAACCGAAAAAAAAAAAUAAAUAAAGAAGCAAAUAAAAGAAAAAAGUGCAAAUUAUGUAAAUUAUAGAAAAAAAAGGAAAAAAGAGAAGCCCCAAAAGCAAACGAAAGAGAAUUAGUCAAAUAGAAUCGAGGAAAGAAACUCCAGAAGGAACGAAAAAAAAGGAGAAUCUGUGACCAGGAAAACCGGAAAUUAAAUCUGCAACGCACCCCCAAAGUGGAAGAGGAAGCAGCAGAACCAGGACCACAGCACAACCACAACCGCAGGAAAAUCCGAGGGCAGCGCGCUGGGGGAACACGCGUGCCAAAUAUUUGCUCAAAAAUAGCAGAAUAAAAUAAUAAUCAAAGGCGCGGUAGCGCCUCAGAAAAGCGCAGAGAGUAAAGAAUUAAGAGGUUCCCGCCCGGUUUCCCCAGAUAUUGGCAAGCAUAUAGUUUAAGCAUCCAACGAAGGACGAGCAGCUGAGCAGCCAAGGACACCCCGAACCCGAAGGCAUUGUUGACACUCGCAGCUUACGCUUCGCUGACCUCUGACCCAAUCAUCGCUUUGUCUCGGUAUUUUGUGCUAAUCAUCGUUACUUUGAAAUCCCGACCAGGAGCACUGGCCCACUAUUUAGCCAAGGUGACAAGGCAAGGAUUGUCAACCACUUUGGAAGAGCAGCAGCAGCACAGCACCACCCACAAGUCAGCCAGCUUUGUGAGGAGGCGAGGAGGUGGGCGCAGGAGGGGCGGGGCAGCCAUUCAACCCGAGAGCCACGCGAAACAAACAAGCCAAGGACAUGGACUCCCCGCUGCCAGCGUCGCUGUCGCUGUUUGUCCUGUUGAUCUUUCUGGCGAUAAUUAAAGAAAGCUGUCAGGGACCGCACGAGAAGCGCCUGCUGAACCACCUGCUCUCCACCUACAACACCCUGGAGCGACCCGUUGCCAAUGAAUCGGAGCCCCUGGAGGUCAAAUUUGGUCUGACCCUGCAGCAGAUCAUCGACGUGGAUGAAAAGAAUCAGAUUCUGACCACAAAUGCGUGGUUAAAUUUGGAGUGGAACGACUACAAUCUGCGCUGGAACGAGACCGAGUAUGGCGGAGUCAAGGACCUGCGGAUCACGCCCAACAAGCUGUGGAAGCCCGACGUGCUCAUGUACAACAGCGCGGAUGAGGGAUUCGAUGGCACGUAUCACACCAACAUUGUGGUCAAACAUAACGGCAGUUGUCUGUACGUGCCCCCUGGUAUCUUCAAGAGCACAUGCAAGAUAGACAUCACGUGGUUCCCAUUUGAUGACCAACAUUGCGAAAUGAAAUUCGGUAGUUGGACUUACGAUGGAAAUCAGUUGGAUUUGGUUUUGAAUUCCGAAGAUGGAGGGGAUCUUUCCGAUUUCAUAACAAAUGGCGAGUGGUACUUGCUUGCCAUGCCGGGAAAGAAGAAUACGAUAGUCUACGCCUGCUGCCCAGAACCAUAUGUCGAUAUCACCUUUACUAUACAAAUACGUCGCCGUACAUUAUAUUAUUUUUUCAAUUUAAUCGUGCCAUGUGUGCUAAUCUCAUCGAUGGCCCUCUUGGGCUUCACAUUGCCGCCGGACUCGGGCGAGAAGCUGACGCUGGGCGUAACUAUACUACUAUCAUUAACAGUAUUUCUUAACCUUGUCGCCGAGUCAAUGCCGACAACGUCGGACGCUGUUCCUCUUAUAGGAGUUACAAUUCUUCUAUCGCUCACAGUGUUUCUCAACCUUGUAGCUGAGACAUUGCCCCAAGUAUCUGAUGCAAUCCCCUUGUUAGGCACCUAUUUCAACUGCAUCAUGUUCAUGGUCGCAUCGUCGGUGGUGCUGACUGUUGUGGUGCUCAACUAUCACCAUCGCACGGCGGAUAUCCACGAAAUGCCCCCGUGGAUCAAAUCCGUUUUCCUACAAUGGCUGCCCUGGAUCUUGCGAAUGGGUCGACCCGGCCGCAAGAUUACUCGAAAAACAAUACUACUAAGCAAUCGGAUGAAGGAGCUGGAGCUAAAGGAGCGCUCCUCCAAGUCCCUGCUGGCCAAUGUCCUCGACAUCGAUGACGAUUUCCGGCACACAAUAUCGGGCUCACAAACAGCCAUCGGUUCAUCGGCAAGCUUUGGGCGACCGACGACGGUGGAGGAGCAUCACACAGCCAUCGGCUGCAAUCACAAAGAUCUUCAUUUAAUUCUCAAAGAAUUGCAAUUCAUUACGGCGCGCAUGCGCAAGGCCGAUGACGAAGCGGAAUUGAUAAGCGAUUGGAAAUUCGCUGCAAUGGUUGUGGAUAGAUUUUGUUUAAUUGUUUUCACGCUCUUUACGAUUAUUGCAACGGUAACCGUGCUGCUAUCAGCUCCGCACAUAAUCGUGCAAUAAGGACGUUCGAAUUAGACAAUUAAGCUACGGAUACGCGCGCCCACACGCCCCCAUCGGUGUCGGCAUGUCGGUGUGUGCGUGGCGCAAGGAGUUGCCUAGUUAAGCUCAUUUCCAAAAACCAAAAAACAACUAGCGAAGCUGCUUCGAAACAAAGCAAAACCAAAAUAAGAAAAAAAACACUAAAAAAAUAACUCAAAUAAAAAAAUUGUUAAUUACAUUUUUAAGUAAAACCAAGAGCAAAGGAAAAUUUCGCUAAAACAAAAAAAAAAGGGACAAAAUCAUGUACUAAAAUAAAAUAUUUUAUGGACAAACCAAACAAAAAGCAAAAAUUACUGCCGUACAAGAAACCGAAAAAAAAAGUGUUAAGUAAGCUACACUCACACACACACAACCAUAAAGUUCUAAGAGUUAAGCAACCAAAGAAAAUUGAAACAAAAAAUUUGCAUAGGAAUAGCCUAAGGAGGCGGAGACCGACAAGCACGAAAGGAUGAGAGGAACAACAAAGAGACAUCGCGGGACAGGACACACAAAGGUUAUAUAUAUAAACACAUACAUACACAUACUGACAGAAACACAUACGUCUAUGUAAUUGUAUGUACAAUAACAGAGUUAUAAGUUAAUUAAUAUGCUGAGUUGUUAUAAUUUAUGUAAGAUGAACAGGAUAUAGACAGACACACACACACACAGACAAAACACUUAAGAUAUAUGAUAUAUAUAAGAGAUUGUUCCUAUGAGACAUUAGAUAUGUAUUUAAAAUGGCAAAACACACACACACACACGCAGCGAGAGAUACAGAUACAAACACAGACACCGAAGCACUUAAUUGAAAAAAAGCAAAAACAAGGGAAAGAAACCAUUUAUUUGUAGGAGAGUGUAGCCGGAAGUGGGAGUGUGUAGGUAUAACUGUUGGCCUGUUAACCCUUUUGUUGUUGACAUUUUUUUAACUGUCAAAAUAUUUAUGUUUUUCUUUUCCGUUUUCAUUUUGGGAUCACGUGGACCAACAAUAUUUUGUUUGAUUGUCCUUUAUUCAAAUUUGCAAACAAAAUAUGAUCCCAAUGAAGAAACUAAUUAUUUUAAGGUUGAUUCUUAGAGGUUUCUUUUAAAGAUUCCAUCUUAUUAUGGUUCGCUGAGGAAGGUUUUGAGAAUUGAUAGAAGGAGGAUAGCUAAUUGUAAAUGGUAACAAAAUGACACAUAAUAAUGGAUAUAAACAAAAGUAUAUAUAUAUACACACAGAUAUAUAUAUUCAUAGUGAAUUGAAUUAAUUUUUAAAUGGCGCAUCCACGAACCCUUGGAGAUGAAGCAUGUUCGUUGAACAUCAUGUUUUUAGAAAAUUUAUUGUUGAAAUAUUAUAGCAAAUCGAUUAAGCAGAAGAACAAAACGACCCGAGGGCAAACCAACCGAGUUAUAGUCACCAAUUAAUUAGUCAAAGUAAUAAUAAUAAUUGACAGAAACAGUGAGGCAGAGAAACCGAAACCAAACUAUUGAUACAAGAUGAACAGGUGUAUAUAUAUUUUACGACACAUAUAUCACCACAUACCAUAUAUAUACAUACACAUAUAUAUACGAAAUAUAUAUUUUUAAUAAACCGAAAACGGAAACGAGCAAAACUAAAGACACUAAGCAGAAGCAAAGCAGCGCAAGAACAGAAAACCCCACUAAAAACCAACCAACCAGCCCACAAAAACCAGCCCAAUCAUCUCAAAAUCUAAACCUAAAACCAGAAUCGAAAUCAAAAUCGAACGAAAAGUAUGAAAUCACAAUUUUGUUGGAAAUUUUGCAUAGUUUUCGGAUGAGUUGUCUCUGUCAGUGUAUAUCCUCUAAGUAUUCCUAAAAUCGAGCUUCGAAUUCUGUCUACCUUACUCUGCUCUCCCCCCUCCUUACACAAAGCAAAACAGUGAUAUUUACGGUAUAGCCCCCAAAAUGACGUACGAACUCUGACUUGAACACUCUUUCCGGAACCCACCUAAGACACCUUUUAACGUGAAUGUUUUCUACACACACUACAACAACAACAACUACCAACAAAAAAAACCAAAAAACAAAAAUAAAAAUAAAAAUGAAAAACCUACCUCCUUGUUACCAAGACGAAAUGUUGACGAAAAGUCAGAUUAGAGACGAAUUACGAAGAAUAUGCAACACUGCCGAGUUAAUCGCACUCCUCUGUCUUCCCAAAAAACAAAACUAAAAAUAUAACGAAAUGUUGUAAGACCACCACCCCACCCCUCCCAUUUGUGUUGUCCCAGACAAAAAGAAUUUCUAACAGAAUUGUGUGAGAAAAGCCCAUUUUGAUAGCCAGACGAAAGUUUACUUAACGGAAACCAGAUCACCCCCUUCCUUAUAAGCCAUUUCCGCUGUCAGAAGGAACAUUCCGAUACCCGGUACCCCAAUCGAGUGCUGAAUCAACUGAAGGAACUGCAGAUCAGAUCUAAGCGUUAUAUGUGUAUACACUCACUUUAUAUGUUUUAUUUGCAUUUACAUUUAUAUUUUUAAUAAAUUUAAAUUUAUAAUUACAUUUAAAUUUGAUAUGAGACGACUUUUAUGUACUUACGCCCAGAGCGAUGCGUAAUCCUACCGAAAACUGCUCUGUCCCCCAUGAGGUUGUUGUUUAUCGAGCCUAAAAAAAUGCA